CUCGAUUACUGGUUCUGCUUUUUCCGUUAUCAACUCUCUGUGGUCAAUGGAAAAUUCUCCCCUCUCUCUCUCCUCCUCUGCUUCUUCUCUCUCUAUCUCUCACUCCCCACCCCCUCUCUCUCUUCCUCUUCCACGCUCUAAUGGCCGUCAAUCCCACAAAUCUCACUUCCCAUUUUGCCCCCACAUUCCGCCGGAGCCACCCCAUCUCCGCCCCAUGGACCGCCCUGAAACCCUCCUUCCGCCGCUCCCUUUUCGCCUCUCUCGCUGGGAGUUACCGUUGUUUCUCUCCGCCUGCUGCCCGCAAAAUCGCGUGCAAGGCAUCCGAGAUCUCGGUGGCGGAGGAACCGUCGGCACCGGGGGACAGUGGUAACUGGGUGCCGGUGGUGCCGCUGGCGGCCCUCCCGAGAGGGGAGCGGCGCGUGAUUAUUCAGGGCGGCGAGACGAUUCUGCUUCUUUGGUAUAAGGAUGUGAUUUUCGCUAUUGAGAAUAGAUCUCCUGCUGAAGGUGCUUACACGGAAGGCCUCCUCAAUGCCAAACUCACUAAGGAUGGGUGCAUUGUCUGUCCAACGACAGAUAGCACAUUCGACCUCCAAACAGGAGAGAUCAAGGAAUGGUAUCCAAAGAACCCAGUUCUCAGAGUCCUCACCCCAGCCUUGAGGAAGCUUUUUAUAUACCCGGUAAAAAUUGAUCAAGACAACAUUUACAUCAACAUGGGAGGAAAUGUAGCAAUAUCAGAUUCAUCAGCCGAGAUCGUUUUCAGUGGAAAGGCUCAACCCGGUGUCACUGCAACCGAUGUCAAUGUCGACGAGGUGAGAAUGGUGGUUGAUGAAGAUCUUGAAGGGUUUGGCUUCACUGGGAAAAAUGAAGUGAUAAAUGGAAAAGCAGCAGUGAUUGGGUUCUUGUUGCUGUUGGAUUUUGAGCUCUUAACUGGCAAGGGUCUUCUCAAGGGAACUGGCUUCUUGGACUUCAUUUAUUCUGUUUCAGAUGCUUUCAAAUAGAUGUAAGUUCAAUAUUCUUCUACCUUGGAAAAUAUCCAAACCUAUUCCUGUAUACUAUACAUAUUCAUAGCAAGAAAUUACAUGCUUCUGUUGAAUAAAAAAUGUGCCAUUCCUUUA